CAAAUACUAUCAUUCACCCUCUGUCAGAUUGUCAUUCUCUGCUCUCAUCUUGCCAGUUGUUGCGCUGCCUGUGUCUUGCCUGUUACUUCUACUAGAGGUUUUUUUGUGGCCUCUCUCCCUCAGUUUAGUUUGCUUCUUUUUGUUUGCUGCCUGAGUUAUUUUUGCUGCUUUAAAUAAACUUUGUUUUGGACAUUCUGAUCUGAGUCAUGACUACAUGUUCAGACACAGAAAACAAGAAGCACAACAUAGUUCUGAGUUACUUCAUACCUCCUGUAUAAUAAAGCACAGUGGGAGCAGUUGUAUCAAAACGGCUAAGUUAUAUUGAAGGAGACUGCAAGAAAAAGAGAGUGAGCGAGAACUCUAGCAUGGAAACCUGCAGCUAGGGAGGUGUAAACAGUUUCCACAGAGUGACCAUGACUGAGUACAAGCUAGAGGUGACGACAGGUAACCUGCAGCAUGCAGGAACAUGGGACCACAUAUAUGUCACUCUGUUUGGGACUGAAGGGCAGAGUGAGAGAACCGAGAUGGACAACUGGGGCCCUGACUUUUCAGCUGGCACAACAGGGACCUACAUCCUGAAAACCGGUUCAUCUCUGGGGAAACUUCUGCUGGUUAAAGUGGAGAAAGAUCCUUUUUUGUUUCUCCCAGAAGAUGAGUGGUACGUCUCCAAAAUAGUGGUGACGACUCCAGAAGGAGAUGCCAUGCUGUUCCCCUGUUACAGAUGGAUCUCCAGGGGAGAACUGGUGGAGCUGAGAGGAGGCAGAGCCAUGAAGGGUUUUGAGGAGGACCAUUCCUUGUUGAUUGAGCACCGUAAAAAUGAGCUGAUGCUUAAAAAGAACUUUUACCAAUGGAAGAUUAUGGCUGAAGGACUACCCAACGUCAGCCAUUUUGAAUCAAAGUCUGACCUCCCAGCUGAAAUCCGCUAUUCUAAGUCCAAACAAGAUGAAGCAGAGGAUUCAAAAAAACUAAUUGGCAUUGAACUAAUGAUUAAGGGGCUGCUUGGAUCCAAGGAAAAAUGGGAAAGCUUUGAAGACCUGAAAAAAAUCUUCUGGUACAAAAAGACAACACUGUCAGAGUAUGUUGCAGAGCACUGGAAGGAAGAUGACUUUUAUGGUUACCAGUUUCUGAAUGGAGUCAACCCCACCAUGAUCAAGCGCUGCUCAGAGCUUCCCCCAAACUUUCCAGUCACAGAGGACAUGGUGAAGCCGUUCCUGGAAGAGGGAAGCUCUCUGAAGAAGGAAAUGAAGAAAGGCAAUAUAUUCCUCUAUGACCAGAAGAAGAUGGAUGGAAUAACCCCAAGAGACAACAAUGGUGAAACUUUGCAUGUGACUGCCUGUCUCGGUUUGUUCUACAUGAACCCAGCAAACAAACUGAUGCCAAUUGCAAUACAGUUGCAUCAACAACCUUCUGAGGAGAACCCCAUCUUUUUGCCCAGUGAUUCAGAGACUGACUGGCUGCUUGCCAAGAUGUUUCUGAAAAAUGCAGAUUCCAUGGAUCAUGAAUCAGUCCAUCAUACCUUGAACACUCACUUUCUGGCAGAUGUCUUUGCUGUGGCCGUUAUGCGCAGCUUCUCAGUGAUUCAUCCGCUCUACAAGUUGCUGAUUCCACACUUCCGGUACACUCUCUUUGUAAACAUCGGAGCCCGCAAAAUUGUUUUAGGACCUGAAGGGAUUUUACGCUUGUGUUCACUUGGACAUGAAGGAAUGACAGAGCUCAUGAAAAGGGGUUUCCCUGAAACGACCUACAGCUCUCUGUGUCUGCCAGAGAACAUCACUGCACGAGGACUGGAGUCCAUACCCAACUUCUACUACAGAGAUGAUGGAGUGAAGCUGUGGAACAUCAUCAACAGCUUUGUGAAGGCAGUAGUGGAGCACUUUUACCCCUCAGACAGUGAGGUGCAGAAAGACACUGAGCUGCAGGAAUGGAUCAGUGAGAUAUUCACACAUGGCUUCUUAGGAAACAAAGACUCAGGGAUUCCAGCAGACUUUCAUACUGUUGAGGAAGUGAUCAAGUUCAUCACCAUGGUGAUCUUCACAACUACGGCUGGUCAUGCUGCAUUGCACAAUGGGCAGUACGACUACUUCUCCUGGGUGCCCAAUGCCUCUCUUCUGCUGCACAAACCUCCUCCAACCACUAAGGGGCAGUCAAGCAUGGAGACAAUUUUGGAGGCCCUCCCGGAUGUUGGAGACACAGCCCUCUUUUUAACACUGUUGUGGCUGUUCACAGACAAAUACACAGAUACUGUUCCCUUGGGUGCAUACCCUGAGGAACGAUUCGAUGAGCCUGUCCUGAAGCAGAUGAUGAAGGGAUUUCAAACUGAAUUGUCCUACCUCAGUGAAGCAAUUACACAAAGAAACUCACAGCUUGAUGUUCCCUACACAUAUCUGAACCCUACUCAGAUCGAGAACAGUAUCACUUUUUAAGAAAGCCUGAGGGAGCCAUUCUGCUUGAGAUGAUCAUAACCAUGCAUUCCUGAACAACCUGUCUUGCAUGGUGGGGGAUGUGUUAUUGUAGGUGAGGUGUUAUAGACAGUUAUUGGGUUAUUAGAUUAUAUUUUGGUUGUCUUAUGAUAUGCAUUUUUAUCUUUCUGCAUUUGUGACCAGUAUCAAUAACUUUUUCACACCUGUCUUGCAUGCUGGGUUAUGUGUUAAGAUUAUCUUCUAGGUUGUAAAUGUUUAUGUAUCAGUUAGGGCAUAAUUCAUCUGCUGAUCAAUGAUGGUUAGUGCAACAAAACGUAACUGUUUGUGUGAUUAGUAUCUAACUCAUAAUAAAACAAGAAAUUGUCUUAAGGGUUAUGGUUAGCGAAAACCGUGGACAGGGCGCUCGUACAGGCCUUCAUCAGGAAUUCUCUGCAAAUGAUUUUAAUGUUGUGAAAAUAUACUAGCCAUGCAAUAAAGGCUUUUUAACUUUUGCCACCAUAA